AUGGGUCGACCCGCGAAUCUGUACUCCUUCAAGGACAUCGACAAGGAUCUUGCGCCCAACCUGCGCAAGUACGUGCUAGAUGCGCAGAAAGAGGCAUUGGAUCGCCACAAUGUCUUUUGCAUUGCUGUUUCGGGAGGCUCGCUACCAAAAACACUGGCCAAAGCCUUACUGGCACCGUCCAACGGCAGCAAAGAGGACACUCCCGAGUUCAGCAAGUGGGAGAUCUUCUACGCCGACGAGCGCUGCGUGCCACUGGACCACGAUGACUCAAACCACAAGCUUGUCAAGGACGAUCUUCUCGACCAAAUCCCGCAAGAAUUCGGCCAGCCAAAGGUGUACCCCAUCGACACGACCAACCUUGAAGACCCGCACGAAGUCGCUGAGCAGUACCAGCAGCAGCUGAUGGACAUCUUCGCAGCGCGAGACUCUGUCCGACUUCCUCUUUUCGACCUCAUUCUCCUUGGCUGUGGGCCUGACGGCCACACUUGCUCGCUCUUCCCAGAUCAUCCCUUGCUUCGGGAGACCGAAGGCUGGGUGUUGUCAAUCUCCGACUCGCCCAAGCCACCGCCGAAGCGCAUCACCCUCAGUCUGCCAGUCGUGGUGCAUGGUGCAAAGAUUGGCUUCGUCGCGACUGGCGGAGGCAAGAAGGAUAUCUUGAAGAAGAUCUUCGAGACGGAAGAAGGAAGGAACCUGCCAAGCGGUUUGAUCAACGAGGGUGCAGGCGAGAAAGUCAGUUGGUUCUGCGAUGCUGCAGCAACAGAAGGUGUCAACUUUCCACGAAGAGGCAGUGUCAUCUAG